UGCCCCUUUGCCAAAAGUCACAUUUUGGAUGGCUACUAGUUUAGUGUAUUUAUGGUGCGUGAGUCAUCAGGCUCCCUUCCGAUUGGCUGCAGACUAAACACCCCUGGGACUGCCAGUCAGUUACAGCCAUUCUCAGCUUCAUUCACAGAUUUAUUUAGCUUGCACACAGUGAGAUCCAUUCAGAAAACUUCAUUCAUAAAAAAGAAGAGGAAAAAGAAGAAGAAGAGGAUGAGGAGGAUGAGGAAAAGCAACGUUCUUUCUGAAACGUUUCCAAGAAAUCGGUCAUCCUGAGCUGGAGGUGGAAAAAUGCUAAGGCGAUGGCUCCCAAGAAUGAUGGACAACGCUUCCAUUGACUGAUGGUUGUUCUGAAGAUCUGAAGUUCUGCUGUGCCAGAACCUCAAUCUACGCGGGGUAUUUGAGGAUCACUAUGCUACUGAGGGGUCUUUAAGGACGAGCAAGCUUUUUGCAGACAGAAGCUGAGCUUCGUUCAUAGAACACGUUAACCUGGACUUUUUUUUUUGCUUCAAGCUGCCUUUGUUGGAUUUUAUUUUAAUUUCAGAGAAGUGUUUUUUUCCCCACAUCAGCUGAUCAAAUCACUGUUAAUCAACUUAGAAGAAGGCUACUUUCUUCUCAAAAAAAAAACAACAACACCCUUGCUGUUGUUUUUCAAGAAAGAGUAGAGUUUUUAGAUUUCUUAUGGUGUCUUCGUCCUAAAUACCGGUACUUCAUUUUUUUUUUUAAAGGUAGCCGGGUCUUUAACAUUAAUCCUACACAGAAUCAAGAUAUUGAGUGUUGAAAACUGAGAAGAAUUUGAAGUUUGCUUGCUUUGAAAUUAUGAUAACUGUUCAGAUUAAGUAGACGUAGCUUUGGGAUAUGGGCUUCAUAUGUCUUUCACUUUGAUUUAAUUUCAGACAAUCAAAUGACCAGGCAAAUUGAAACAGGGUUUAUGAAGAAGAAGAAACAUUCCGGAGAUGUUUUGAGAGCAUCCACAGAGACCAGAAACCCUGUUUUCUUAUUUUUUCUAUUCAAAAUUGUUUUGAUCUGUCUGGUUCCCUAUUUUGUUUGGUCAUUCAUAAGAAAGCAGCUAGGUUAAGGGCGGGGGACGAGGAGACUGAGUUACAAAACUUUGCAGGCUAUGAGAGAACCUAUCCUCUAUUGCUUGAGUGCACAACUACUGGAUGUAGAAGUCUUAAGAGAACUAGGAAUGCUCCACAGGACUAAAUAUAGUCGUUUUAGAAAUGAGUCCCACACCUCACUGGAGGAAGACACGUCGACGAGCGAUAUUCUCCGCCUGAAGUCUUCUUCAGCUUCUCCUUCCAGUACUUCUAAGACACUCACUGAAGAUGUCCCAGUUGGUACCUCGGACAGCUCCAUUUCGUUGUGUACCUUGGUACCCCGCAUGGCCAACGUUAAGCUGGCCAACCCUUCCACCUUGCCAACCUUGAAGAACUUCUGCCUACGAACGAAAGAGGUGCCAAGGUUUAAACUCACCGAAUGCGUCACUGUCCAGGCCAGCCGAACCGUGCCAGAAAUCGGCUUAAGUGGCUCCUUGUCUGCUGCUUAUUCCCAGGGAGAGCCAGUCAAGGCAUUCAAGUCAAGCCCAAACACCCAAGAGAACUGUGUUUUGUUAGCCGUGGGAGACUCUGGCUUCCUAUCCAAGCCAGGCAAAGAUCUUGGACAAAAGGGUGAAUCCAGUUUGGAGAAAGGGAUAUCCUACACUGCCCGGUAUAUGGGCUGCAUUGAGGUGCUCCAAUCAAUGAGGUCUUUGGAUUUUGGCACUCGGACGCAGGUAACCAGGGAAGCAAUAAGUCGUCUGUGUGAAGCUGUGCCAGGAAUACACGGGAACACAAAAAAACGGAAGCCUCCAGCUAAAUUUCUUUCUCCUGUGCUUGGCAAAAGCAAUCUUCAGUUUUCUGGCACGCAUAUAAAACUGACCAUCUCAACAACCAGUCUGACUUUAUUGAACACCGACAGCCAGCAGAUUAUUGCAAACCAUCAUAUGCAGUCCAUUUCAUUUGCCUCUGGGGGGGAUCCAGAUACUACAGAUUAUGUCGCCUACGUUGCUAAAGAUCCUGUUAAUCAAAGAGCAUGCCACAUUUUGGAAUGUCCCUCUGGAAUAGCUCAAGAAGUCAUCAAUACCGUUGGACAAGCUUUUGAGCUCCGGUUCAAACAGUUCUUGAAGACCCCUCCUGCUUUGGUGGCUCUCAAGGAAAGAGAAGAGAUGAGUCUUGAUGGAUCCGCCUGGAACAUUCAAGAGAAGGAAGACUGCGGAUACUAUAAUGAAAUUCCUGGGAAGGAACCUCCUGUAGGUGGGCUGUCCGACGUCAGGCUGAAGAUAAUCCCAGAAGAAGGGAUGAAGCGUCCCAUCCAUACGGAGCAGCAACAGUGUGGAGACGAUAGUCCCAGUUCUAAGCAGCUUUAUGAAAACUGCCCAGAUGAGCACAGAGCAGCAGGUAUCAGCAAACCAACUCAGGCAGCAAAUCAAGAUGCUCCAUUGCUGAAAAGUAGCAGUAAAGUGGAUCUUUUUGACGAGCCUCGAUAUAUCAAUACUCAAAACUUACAAGCUACAUCAGAAGCAUUGGACACUGUAGAGCAGAAAGGAUCCAGUGACGUGGCAGGCCUCGCAGGCAUCACAGAUGCAAAGACACCUCUUUGGAAUGAAGAAUGUUAUCACGGGAAGAUAUCCAGGAGACAAGCAGAGAAUCUCUUAAGAAACAACGGAGACUUCCUGGUGCGGGAGAGUACAACCUCACCUGGCCAAUAUGUCCUGAGUGGACUGCAAGGAGGACAAGUAAAACAUCUCUUGUUGGUGGAUCCUGAAGGCAAGGUCAGAACCAAAGAUCAUAUAUUCGAUAGUGUGGAUCAUCUUAUCCGCUCCCAUAUGGAAAACAAAUUGCCAAUCAUCUCUUCUGGACGUGAAUUAAGGCUCAACCAGCCUGUAAGAAAAGAAUUGGGGCAACUGCGUUCUAAGGACUAAUUUUGUUGACUCACGUUCUUUUCAAGAUAAUUCUUUUGUCACAGCCUCCUCAAUAUCCCUAGUGACUAUUCUGGACUCAUUUCCUGCGCCCACAAUUCGACAAAGAAUAGGAGACACCUCUAGAUGAGGUUACAGAUGAAUUCUUCUCUUUGUGUGUGUGUGUGUGUGUUUGUAUGUCUACGUCCAAUGCAUUUGCCUAAGUCAGUAUUUCUCAACUUCAGCAACUACAUUGUGUGGUCUUCAAUUCCCAGAAUUCCUGAGUCAACAUGACUGACUGGGAAAUGCUGGGAGUUGAAGUCCAAAGGUCUUGAAGUGGCUCAGAUUGAGAAACAUUGACCUAAUCACAUCUCUAUGUUGCAUCUGACCAGUGACAAGUAUUUUAGUUUAGCGAAACAUAUCCCUGGAGAGACCAAGAGGCUGGGCAGAAAUCAGGGGCCAGAGGUACUCACAAAACAUUUUUUGAGAGAUCAUAAAAAGGUGUCAAAGCACAAGCCAAACUUCCCGGAGCAAAACCUACUUGAAGAUGUGCCUUUUAACGUAGGAGGUUUGGGAAAUGACUCAUAUUUUUAACUGAGCUGUGAGGUUUUUUUUAGCUGAUAAAUUUAUUUGAGUCGUUCCUGGGCUGAUUUCGAGGAGCUUGAGAAAGAUCGAACCUGAUUUGCAUUCGGAUGAGAGACCACAAGGAAAUCUCAGGACUGUAGCUUGGACUGGGAUCUCGGAAAACGUUCUGAAGAAGGACCAUGAAACCACGUCUCUCUUGCUGCCAAGGAAAUGACAUUUGUAUAUCCGUGACGUCAACAGGCAUCAAGCUCAAGUAUAUUUUGGAAAAUAUACUUCUAUUAAAAGAUUUUAAGAAUUAGAAGAGGAAGACUCGUAGAAAUGAAUAUAGACUCAGAAAAAGAAAAGAAGAGAAAGAGCGAGCUAAAAGUGCAUGAAAGAAAAAAAGUAGACGAAUAGAAAAAGAAAGAAAAAAGUUACACGAAGAAGUAGCUUUGAAGCACUUAUAAGUACAAUUAUAAAUUUACCUCUUGCUCUAUGGUUACAAUAUACUUCUUUUUUCCCUAUAAUUUAUUCUAUCUAAUCAUCAAAACCAUAAAUCAUAAAUUCAUUUUUUUUCUGUUUCAUGCACAAAAAAAAAAAAUCUAAGGGAUUUCCAGUCAGCAAUAAGCACAUUUUAUUAUUAAAAAUCUCCACCAAUCUAUCUGAUGGAAUAAUGAUGCUAACUGCUCAUUGGCCUAGUUAUAAGGUUGCUGGUUUUUAAAUGAGGCUGCAGUGCUUACUAAGUUUAUAUAUGGAAAAUUAGUUAUCAUUUUGAAACGGAUGCUAACAAUGUGGUAAAUAUAGCUUUCUUAAGUAGGUCUAUUGAAUAAUGCAGUUCUACCAGGAUGCCAAAGGGUUACCAAAAACUUAAUCUGCAAAAUGUUUGCCUACUGGCCUGUAGGUAAAGACACUGAAACUGGACCAGCAAAAAUAAAAAUGAUAGUUGCAUAUAGUUUGGAAAGGAAAAAAAGCAAUCCUACAUUAUUAUUUCUGGGUGAGGAAAUACAUUGUUUUGUUCAGAAGCUAUUUCAUUUUUUUAUUGCACGCUUUCUAUUUUCCUUCAUUCCGCAUUUUUGGGGAUCGGGUUUCAUUUAUUCCUAUUAGUUAAGAAAAGAAUUUUUUAAAUAAACAUUUGUGCCGCAUUA